AUGCGACUGAACUCUCUGACAGCACCGACAGGCCAUGGUCCGCUAUCUGAUGUUGAGCACAUUUAUGUAACUUGUUUCGUGCAUACAGUGCCUAUCUAUCUAUCUAUCUAUCUAUCUAUCUAUCUAUCUAUCUAUCUAUCAGUCUCUUCAUUAUCUAUCUAUCUAUCUAUCUAUCUAUCGCAGUCUCUUCAUUAUCUAUCUAUCUAUCUAUCUAUCUAUCUAUCUAUCUAUCUAUCUAUCUAUCUAUUUUACCUAUCUAUCUAUCUAUCUAUCUAUCUAUAUAUUUAUCUAUCUAUCUAUCUAUCUAUCUAUCUAUCUAUCUAUUUUUCUAUCUUUAUUUUGGCUUCUUUUCAACUUUCAUUUUCCUUUCGUCUGGGUUUCUCUUUUUCUUCUUUUUCUUUUUCUUUCUUUUCGUUUUCAUUCUUUAAUCGCCGAUGUUUUUCUUUCCUCUUUGCUCUGUCUUUCUUUUCUUUUUCAGUUUUUUAUUUGUCAAUGUUUUUUUCUUUCUUUGUUUCUGUUGAUGUUUUUUCCUUUUAUCAUUUUUUUGAUUACUUUCUUUCUUUUUUUUCUUUCGUUCUGAUUUCAUUCUUUUAUUCACCGAUAGUUUUAUUUCUGUCUUUCUUGCUUUCUUUUGAUAUUUUCUUUCUUUCUUUCUUUUAUCAGUCAUUUAUUCGUCGAUUCUUCUUUCUGUCUUUCUUGCUUUCUUUUGAGGUUGUCUUUAUUUUAUUUCCUUCUUUUUUUCUUUCUUUCUUUUUUCAGUCAUUUAUUCGUCGAUAUUUUUCUUUUUCUUUUGAUGUUUUAUCUUUUUCCUUUGAUUUGUUUUUCUCAUUUCUUUCUUUCUCUUUUCAUUCUUUUAUUCGCCGAUGGUUUUCUUUCUUUCUUUCUUUCUUUCUUUCUUUCCGUUUUUAUUCUUUCACACACGGACGCUUGUACUUUGUUUUUCUUCUCGGUUCCUUGUUCUUCUUGUUUUAUUCACUUUCAGUCUUUCGUUCAUGUAUCUUUUCCAUCAUCUCUUUCACUGCCGAUAAUAAUCACUCCUUUUUCUCUUUCCAUUCUUCUUCUUCUUCUUCUUCUUCUUUUAUCUACCAUGACCCUUCAGGACGUUGGCGAUCAUGGCUCUCCACAAUUACUUGUCCUUUUCUUUUCAUAUCUAUCUAUCUAUCUAUCUAUCUAUCUAUCUAUCUAUCUAUCUAUCUAACCCAUCUUUUCAUAUCUAUCUAUCUAUCUAUCUAUCUAUCUAUCUAUCUAUUUAUCUAUCUAUCUAUCUAA